AUGCGUUGCCUCUACAAAGGAACAAUGGUUCUGUCAAAGAGAACAAAGAAUAAUGUCAAAAUUCCUAGUAGUUGCAGCCUCUUUGACUACGGCGCCGCCGGUUGCACCGCCAUGAGAUUGAUUGUUCGAGAGGGUUGGAGGGUGGUAGUACUUGCGGCCUGUUUGGGGGCAGUUAGAGUGAAACCUUGCGAGGAUCCUGACCCCUUGGUCAAUGAUCCCUACAAGCUUCCCCAUGCAUCCGAUCAAACCCAGAAACCACACACCCUCUUCUCCCUUCUCCUUUCUCUCUUCAAUUCUCGAAUGGGAAUGAAAGAAAGCGAGAAGGGUGUGUUAUAA